AUCGUUUAAUUAAUAUUUAAUAGUUUUUUUAAACAAUUACAUAGAUCAGUUGGCUGUGCAUUGUUCAAUAAACUUUUUAUAAUACCACAAGUUAUUUGGCGAUUUCAUACUUCUGAUCUGGUAGAAAUUGUCAUGACAUCUGUUUGUUUUGAUACAAGAACUUUCGAAAAAAUAUUAUAAUUAAUUCAUGUUGUAAUAGAAGAAUUUACGAUGGAAGGUGGAGAUUGGAGAAAUAACAUAAUAAGUGAACUACAGGCUCGAAAUAAGCGAGAAACGAGCUCUUUCCAAGAUAUCAUAGCUUUUCAAAGUAGACUAUUUGAUAAUGUUAGUACAUUAAAAAAUGAAAACCUGCAGCUGACUUUAUUGAAUGAAAGAAUAAGAUUCUCCAGUACAGAAAGUGUAUUAAACAGUGGAGGUGGUGCUUCUAAUGAGAGAAUACAAGCAUUAGAACAAAAAAUCCUAUCGCAACAAGAAGAGCUAACUUCUCUACACAGAAGACGAGGUGAAAGUUCACAGCAAAUUAUUAACCUCAAUGCAAGAGUGCACGAUUUAGAAAAGAGUUUACAAGCUAAGGAUUUAAUAAUUUCAGAAAACACUGCGUUAAUAGCAUCAUUACGAGCUGAAAUACAGAUGUAUGAAACAAAUAUGACAGAAUUACAAGGGUUGAAUCAAGUUUUGAGGGAUGAGCAUCAGGCAUUACAAAUUGCAUUUGCUGCCAUUGAAGACAAAUUGAGGAAAGCACAGGAUGAAAAUCGGUCCCUCGUUGAAAGACUUAUUAAGUACAAAGCAAAAGAUGCGGACAAAAUGAACGAAGAAAAUGAACACUUUCUCAAGUCAGGCAACCCUUCUGCGUUUUUCAUCAACACCUUUGGUAGAGUUAGUUUCGGAAAAAAGAGUGACAAAGUACGGAAGGAACUCGAAGAAGCUUGUAAGGAAUCCGGUAGUAGAAGUAGUGCUGGUUCCGGUGGUAGUACAGACGAGAAGAUAAUAGACUCGUUGCCGUACUACGCGACCACCUUGCCUACAAAAGUGGCGUUGAGAUUUGAUGCCCACGACGGUGAAGUCAAUGCCGUCAAAUGGAGUCCAACAGACCACUUAGUAGCAACAGGGGGCGCUGAUAGAAAAGUCAAACUAUGGAAUGUCUCUAAAAUUGGCGUAAUAGAAUGCAAAGGGACGCUCGUCGGUUCGAACGCGGGUGUGAUGUCAGUGGACUUCGACGCUACCGGAGCAUACAUUGUGGGAGCUUCCAAUGACUUCGCGAGUCGUGUGUGGACGGUCAGCGACCAGAGAUUAAGGCAUACACUAACGGGACACAGCGGAAAAGUGAUGGCGGCGAAAUUUCUCGGCGAGCCUACUAAAGUCAUCACUGGCAGCCAUGACAGGACGCUUAAAAUUUGGGAUCUUAGGAGUAGAAUGUGUACAGAAACUAAGUUCGCAGGAUCAUCUUGCAACGACCUCGUGACGUCCGACGGCGCUGGCUCCACCAUCAUCUCGGGGCACUUCGACAAGCGGAUACGCUUCUGGGACAUACGCACUGAGAUGUCGGCCAACCAUAUCAUGCUCCAGGGCAAGGUCACGUCGCUCGACCUCAGCAGAGAUAGCAAUUAUUUGUUGGCGUGCGUCCGAGAUGACACGAUACAGCUUAUAGACUUACGGAUGAACACAAUAGUGCGGUCGUUCAGCCACGAGUCGUUUAAGGUGGGUUGCGAUUGGUCGAGGGCGGCGUUCGGUCCGGCUGGUCGUUUGCUGGCUGUGGGCGCUGCUGAUGGAGCUGCUUAUGUGUGGAACACGCAUUCGGGAAGACUAGAAGCUGUAUUAAAAGACCAUCAAUCAGCUGUAACGGCGGUGUCGUGGCAUUCACAAUCUGGGCUAUUGGCUUCGGUCGAUCGAGGAAAGCGCGCAGUUAUUUGGGGCGAUUUGUGACAGGCGUCCGAACAGGUCUCGAUCCCGCAACCGCCAAAUGAAGAGGUAGUCAGCCAACCUAUCGCGGAGCUCGACGACGACAGUGCAGAGAUGUUCGACUUCUUUAGAGGCCUCACCACCGACAUUUUUCAACGAUUUACAUGAGGCAUCUAUUACGUGGAUCAAUAUAGGCCUCCGUGGUUCACUAAUGUGACGUUACAAAACUUAUUGCGAUUUGUUCCACUUUAACGGACUGUUAGUUAUACUUGUGUGUGAGUGAACCUAGAAUACUCUACGUGCGAUCUAAGUUGGCCUCACAAAAAUAAUAACGAGUGGCUGCGCAAAUAUAGGUUUUAGGAAAUCAAUAUGUGACUGUCGUUGUAUAUGGUACAUGCGAAAAUGCCUUCGAUAGCUAACAUAAGGCUGGCCAAGUAAGAUCGUACUGUAAUUAAUAAUGUUUGGGAUAAUCGGAUAAUCAUAAGAUAUAUUUUUCAUUAUAAUUGUACGAUUUAUGAUACAAAUUUACUGGCGUCUAACAAAGGAAGAGGUGCUAUAUUAAUUAUUUAAUUCGUUGUCUAUAUUUAUAUUACGGGAAAAAAAAAUUGAUGGAUGCGUUAUUCUAGAAUACUGUGUGCCAGCCAUAAUUUGUCAGUAACGUUGCAUUCUCACGGACAAACAUUUUGAAUAACUUAGUCAGUUAUUUAAAAUUUAUGUUCUUAAUAUUAUCGUUAAAUUUAAUUUCCUGCAAAUCUGUACCUACCUAUUAAUAAACACUAGUGAUUACGCAGGUAAUGAUAACGAGACGCGUACAUCAACAAUUCGCCUUAACACGAAUAUAAAGCGAAUUCAGACUUUGUUUGCGAAAACUCGGCUUAACUUAAGCUUAGAAUAAUCUUUACUUUGGAAUUAACUGACGUAGGUACCAUGCUGAAAUAUGUUUAGCAUAAGUUUUAGACUGAAGAUGUGAAGCUCCUUUGGGGGCUUAAAUUUGACGGUCCGCCUAUUGUGUUAAGGUAAGCUGAAAAUUAAAAAAGUUUCACUCAAUUCGGAUGUACAAAUAAUUACAAUCAUGCCACAAUGGUAUUUCGUAAGCCGGCGAUUUUAUGAGCGGAUUUGCGCUGAGCCUUGAUUGCGAAAUAAUAAAAACGAUUAUAUUAUUUACACGCUUUAAAGAUCUUAGAAGAUUUUUACAUUCUAUUAUCAUUACAGUGGAAAAAUCGCGUAGCAUCCAAUUCUAUAAACGUUUGUAACUUAAAUGCUUUAAUUUUUUUCCACCUUAUUAAUAAAUUUUGUAUACUUA